CUCGCAUGCGCCGCCAACUCGUCCGCGAUCCGGCCGAAUCUCGCUCGAGAACUCAUCUGCUGCACAACCACCAUCGCCAAAAAGCAGCCCAAUGAGGAAUUUCUGCACUCACUCGUCCGCCCGCAGUGGUCCGUGAUAGAGCUUUAAAUACAACAUGUGAAUGAUGUAUAGCUGAUGUCUCUUGGCAUUCAGGUUUCCAGACAUUGAAAUCAUCUCUGGUAUUCAUCCCUUUUGCACUGGCGUUCAAUGAGCAGCAUUUGCCCUUCCCGUCAGUCUCGUCAGUACAAGUGUAAGCGACGAUGGCCCAGCCUUCCAACUCGUCUCCCAAGAGGCAUAUCGUCAUUCUCGGUGGCUCUUAUGGCGGCAUCUCAACGGCGCACUACCUCCUCAGGCACGUCCUGCCGAGACUGCCACGCCCCGAGGAUUACCAGGCGGUUCUCGUCAGUCCUUCGGCCGAAGCCAUGUGUCGGCAGGCAUGUCCUCGAGCGUUGAUAUCCGACGACAUGUUCCCGCAACACAAGCUGUUUGUCGGCAUCUCCUCCAUGUUCGAGUCGUAUGCCCAAGGUACUUUUUCCUUCCUCCAUGGAACAGCAACGGCACUGGACCACGUUGACCGCACCGUGACCAUCAACAUGGCAGGCGACAAAGGUGUCAAGACACUCGAUUAUCACGCAGUAGUCAUUGCCACUGGUACAUCGACGCCUUCAUCUCUGCUAGGUCUCAACUCCGCUCCGGAAGACCUACGCCAGAGCUGGGCUGUCUUCCGAAAGGCCCUCCCAGCUGCGAAAAGCAUCGUCAUCGCCGGCGGAGGCCCGGCGGGCGUUGAGACCGCGGGCGAACUCGGUGAACACCUCAACGGUCGGUUACGCCGGCCGCAGAGUUCCCGGGGGGUCCCGAAAGUCACCAUCACGCUCGUGACCUCAGCGCCCGAGAUCCUCCCUGCGCUCCGCCCGGCCAUUGCGCGCAAAGCGGAGGGCUACCUCGCCCAGGUUGGUGUCACCGUUCGCAAGGGCGUCCGGGUCACCAGCGUGCGCCCUGCGGCGGCCGGGGCGGACGAGGUAGCAGCAACGGCGGCCGUCACCCUCGACAGCGGAGAGACGCUCGACGCGGACCUCUACAUCCCGACGACGGGCACCAGGCCGAACACGGGCUUCAUCGACGCUGGCCUGCUCCUCCCGGACGGCAGGGUAAACACUAACUCCUCGACCCUCCGCGUCGACCCAGCCGGGCCCCGGGCCUACGCCGUCGGCGACGCGUCCUCCUACGCUGGACCCGCCGUACACAACAUACUGGCCGCCGUUCCGGUUCUGUGCACCAACCUCAGGCGCGACCUCCUCCUGGCAUCGGAGAGCCCGGAGCGGGCAGAAGGUCAGGACAGGCUGUUUACGGAAGACCCUCGUGAGAACCAUCUGGUCCCAGUUGGCAGGAGGAAAGGAGUCGGCGCCGUAAUGGGUUAUCAACUGCCCAGCUUCCUGGUAUACAUGAUCAAGGGUCGGGAUUACUGGCUUUGGACGACGGGGAACCUCUGGAGCGGCAAGCAAUGGGCCAAGGAGUCGUGAAGGUGGUGAGGACCAAUUCCGCGGGCCCAUCCGAAAUCCGAUUGCCGUAAGUUAAGCAUCAUGAUAGGGCGUAGGUUCAGCUUGUCGGUUGGUAUGCUUUUUUGCUUUUUUCUUUUUUGACAAGGAG